AGCAUUACUUCGCCAACACGUUUGACUUCCUAUGCUUUUAAAUUGUGCCAAACCAAAUCAAAACGACUGAAGUUACAUAUAGAAAUUGCAAAAUAAUAUUUCUCUGGACAGGACCUUAAAUAAUACUGAGGUGGAAGUGGCAGCGCCUCACACAAAUCAAAAUGUCAAGUGGGCGGGAUUUGAUGUGGGCGUGGCCAACUCAUAGUGCGGUUGCAUCGCAGCGCAUACACACAAUGGCUGCUCGAAAGAGAGGAAAGCAAACAAUUUUCAGGCCCGCCGCGUCUAGCAAAAAAUAUGAGAAAAAAAUUAUUAAAAAUUCGGAAAAUAGUUGAAAGUCAAGAAAAACCCAACAGAAAGGAUGUUAAAGCGACCGGGGCCCCUGACUCCGGGCGGUGUUGAGCACAAAAAGCUGGAUAGAAUAAUUGCUUCAGUAGUAGUUGGGCACUGCGCCCCAGUCCAUGUAGCUGGUCAGCCUUAGAGUGCCAUGGCCACAGGAACCCAGGGCCACCGUGACCACGUCCUGGACAGAACGAGGCUCGCAGAGCCCACAGGGAGGCGCAGGAGAGCAGAGGGGAAGCCGAAAAAGAAUUUCCCUUGCCUGGAGUGUCAGAAAGCGUUCAACAGUCUGGAGAAGUUGAAGGUGCACUCGUACUCUCACACAGGAGAAAGACCGUACCGCUGCUCCCAGCCGGACUGCACCAAGGCAUUCGUCUCCAAAUACAAGCUGCUACGGCAUAUGGCAACACACUCGCCAGAAAAAAACCACAAGUGUUCAUACUGUGAGAAAAUGUUCCACCGCAAGGAUCACUUAAAGAAUCACCUACACACCCACGACCCCUACAAGGAAGCCUUCACCUGUCAGGAGUGCGGCAAGAGCUACAACACCAAGCUGGGCUUCAAACGCCACCUCGCCCUCCACGCCGCCAACAGCGGAGACCUCACCUGCCAAGUGUGCCUGCAGCCGUUCCCCAGCACCGGGGUCCUUCUGGAACACCUCAAAACUCACGCCGGCAAGUCCUCAGGUGGGACCAAAGAGAAGAAGCACCGCUGCGAGCACUGUGAGCGGCGAUUCUACACCCGUAAAGAUGUGCGACGCCACAUGGUGGUGCACACUGGACGCAAGGACUUCCUCUGUCAGUACUGUGCCCAGCGCUUCGGCAGGAAGGACCACCUGACGCGCCACGUCAAGAAGAGCCACACCCGGGAGCUGCUGAGGGUAAAGACGGAACCAGCUGAUUCGCUGGAGCCCCUGGUCUAUGACCUGGCGUCCGGGGGCAUCAAGGGCGAGGCUCCCGUGAUUCUGACACCGAGGCCUCACCCGCUCAACUCGUACACCGGCCCCGGCCUGGACACGGAGCCCUUUCCCACCCCCACACACGCCUUUUCUCUGAAGUACCCACUGGGUUCCAACUUUACCUCAUACGCCGUUUCCUCACAGGAGCGGGAGCAGAAUCUUAAGGGAGAACUGGAGACCUACCUGAUGGAACUGCAGAGCAGCAUGCCCUCCUCGUCCUCUGCAGCCCACCAACCCCAGCUCUCCUCCACCAAACUGGAGCUGGAGCCUCAGGUGGGAGCGCUGGAGGAGGACAGCGAGGAGGGGAGCAUGUCGAAAAUGUCUGCAGCCACAGCAGGCGACUCUCUGGCAUCUUGCUCUUCUCUGAUGGACUUCUCGCAGCUCUUCAACUUCCUUCCGCUCAACGGGCCCCCAUACAGCCAUGCGGGGGGCAGCGGGGGGCAGGGCGCUGGCUAUCCACCCAGCGAAGAGCCCAAUGCGCUUGUCCAGCUACCCCAGCAGCCUCCAGAAGGCCCAGAGGCUGCAGAGAGUCCGCUUCAAAGGCUCCCCUCCUCCUUCAUCUCCAACCUGAGCGCACCCACCACACUGCCUCGCUUCCACCAAGCUUUCCAGUGAACCAAUGCUCAGCAUCCCGAGCAACAAAGCAUCCGGAUGAGGUGGCCCCAGCGAGCGCACACGCCAGGACCCCCCCGCUGGCUCACCUUUCUCACCCGUCUUUCCUGAGGUCCUCUUGCUUGUGCCUCAUUUUUAUCCCCAAACGUUUUCAGUUUUCAGUGUGAACAGAUGACAUGGUAACCAUUGUAAAAGAACAUUUCUUAGUUGUUGAUUGAAUGUAGAAAACCAAGUGUUCAUAUGGUACAUUGUACCAUUGUAUUUAAUUAAUCAAAAGGUCCCAGCAAGGGGAAUUAUUGAUUGUCCAUAGUUUCAUUUAAUGUUUCCUGAACUCCCAAUUUAAACAUUUAAUAAUUAAAGAAACCAUAAAGUUUACAAUGCAAACCACCAACAUGCACAUUCAAAGGGAAAUUAGCAUUUUUCAGAAUAAUGGCAACUAUAACAAAAGGUGCUCUAUUUAUGAAGUAUUCCAGCCAAGACCCGGCAAAAUUCACCUUCAGUAUUUCCUGGUACACAGCCCGUAUUAUAUUAAACGUUAUUACUCCAAAAAGUGAAAUGAUAUCUUUAACGAGCUGUCUGUGCUUCAUGGAGAAUACCGUAAGAUUUUUAUUCUAUUCUAUUCACCAAAGUACACUCUGCAAAAUGUCACAACAGUAAUUAAAUGCAAGAACCAUAUUUUCUAGCUUCUUUUCUGUUAGUUUGGUAACUAUAGAACUUACGAGUUGAUCAGCUGACAUACUGUCUACCUCUGCACAUGACAUUCUAAAGGUUACCCCUACUUUUGGCCCUCUAAAGCAUGGGUGGGAAACUGCUGACCCCCCCGUCAAUCAGACAGUUGCCUACCAUUUUUCUGGUCUGGCCCACUCGUGACCAAGCGGGGCCCCUUACCUAAAAUGAGUUGGACACCCCUGUUCUUAAGUGUUGCUCUACCACAAAGCUUUUCUCUUGUUGACCUUUAGAGACUGAGCUCAGUUUUUGAAAAUUAGCAUUAGCUUUGAGUGCAGCAAAAUACAUCAUUAAUGGUUUCCCAUUUUAACAAAGAUGUGAAAACUUUGAACGAGGACAAAUGUCUAUGUCUACCAAGGACCAUAUUUCACCCACCUUGUGCUCCAGUGUCUGGAACAAACAAUCGCCUUCUGCCAGUCUGUCACUUUCCAUAUAUGUGAUGUCAUCACACAGACAAAUGUAUGUAAGAAAUAAUACCUCAUCUUAUCUCAUCUUCAAGUGCAUAUGUGCGGGGAAAACAGCUCCAGCAGGGGACCCCAAUCUUCCCUUUCCCGGGCCACUUCUACCAGCUCUGACUGGGGGAUCCCCAGGCGUUCCCAGGCCAGUGCAGAGAUAUCAUCUGUCCACCUGGUCCUGGGUCUUCACCCAGUUGACCGUGUCUGGAACACCUCCUAAGGGAGGCGUCCAGCUUUACCUUCCGCCUUAGCUCUCUAUUCCUUGCAGUGAAGCGAGUGCAAUUCAAGAAAUAAUAAUAAUUAUUAUUAUUAUACACCGCAUCUCAUCAAUCUGGAACAAUGUAGUAUAUGAAGUCAAAACUACUCAUAUUGUCUGAAAAGUCUCCAAUACAAUUUAGCCCAGCAUCUUCACACCUACAAAGGAAAUUUCCCUUUUUCCAUUCAGUGUAGGACGCAGUGCGCCAUGUGUAUUGAGAAGCAUGUAGCUGUGUGACAGCCAUAACAAGAGGCCUUGUAAGGAGUUACCAUGUUGUAACCUUGACCAGCCUUGCAUGGAGAAGAGGAAUCUUUUCUUAAAUCGUUGGAUGUGAUCUGGGUUUUUGCAGAAUUAAACAGUAUCAGCAUGUCAGCCAUAGGAUGGGGGAAUAAAAUGGGAAAAUCCCAACACUCACAUAUUAGAUAAUUAUCUUUAGUAACCAUGGUUUAAUAUACAAAAUGUCAGUUAUGAGUAACAACUACUAGCACUGUGGCCCAUCUUCAUUGACAUGGGAAAAAAAACAUGCUUUGAAUUAUCUCAAGUUUUAAAGUUGCGUAGUUGCUGUAAAUGAAAUCAAAUCUAUUUUAAAGGAGACAAUGUUUUGGUUUGAACACUUUCAUAAUCCUGACGAUGCGUUCACACCAAACGCAAAACGUGCCGCGGCCUCUCUUGGCGCUAGACGCGACGGAGAGGGGGCGUGGCUUAUCACCCUGAAACAGAUAGACUUUCCGCCAUUGUUUUUUUUCUCCACAUCAAUCAUGGAAGACAUAGACUCUUUACUACUCACAAGGGACCUCCAAAGGGAGUGGUGUUUUUGUACUGAAUAGCAUCCGUAGGCGAGACAGCUCUUUUCAAAGCCACCCACACGUUAUUAUUAAGGAAACGACCUGCUAUAUUACUUAAUAAUAGCAGUGUGUUCUUAAACAAUACAAUUACCCCGUACGUUACUGUACUAUAUUCAGUGCAGUGACGGGAUGAAAGCACGUACCUAUGUUGUACCUAUAUUGCUGCCACUCCUGGAUCAGUAGUAAUAUAGGUACGAGGAUGUUUCGUAAAGCAGCAGUGACGACGGGGACAUCUCAUCGCUGAGCGUCACGCCAUUUGGUUUGCUGCGUUUGGGCGCCUGACACAGAUUGUGUCUCAUUGCAUCAGUGGGUAGACUUUGCAUGUGAUCCUGUGGCGGGACACGCUGCGUUUGGUGUGUGAACGCACCGUUAUGAUACAAAUAGUUCCUUUUCUUUUCCUCUAUCCAUCCAAAGGAGAGCUUCUUGGCAUCUUCGGAGCCAACGCUCUGUCUGGCAUGUGCCGCAAAGCAAGCGGCUCACAGGUAGAGAGGACAGCUGGUGCCUCGAUCAGGCAAGCGCACACCGCUCAGCACCAAGUGGGAACCAUCAUAUUGGAAUCAUACACGUUAUAUUAUACACCUUCAACAAGCAGAUACAGAACACAGAAAAACACACUUAAAGAUGCAACCUGCUGCUAAAAAAUAUACUGAAAGGAUGUUGUGACGUAUUUGUCCAGUGAGGUUUGUGUAAUAUAUCCAAACUAUAAACUGACAUAUAAGGUACUGAAGACACUGGAGAAGGGUUGGGCUUUGUUUUCCUGUUGUCUUGAGUUUAUGACUGUGGUCUAGUGGUGCUACAAUCACUCAUCAUGAGUUGUAGUCCUUGUUGGGCUGCAGGUGGGCAAUGGGCACCACAAAGCAGUGGGAAGGACCUUUUCCAUAAUGUCAUUUGGUUACUGUAUCAAACUGUGGUAUCACAGUGACACACACAGAACAAUAUCAAUCAAUCCCCUUCCCUGUCAUGACAUAUUUGAUCAUCUUGGACUCUUACCCUUACAAUAGACGUUGGACUGCACACCAUGUGGCAUAAAUGUGAAGUUAGCAGCCUGCACUUUCAGCUCUUCUCUACCACCAGCAGUUAUGAGACGCUGCCUCCUGGUUCCAUGACGUGUUUGAUGCAUAUACGACCCCAUAGUGUUUUUAUUUACCUCACAUACUCAUGUUGUCUUUUGCUCUGAAAUUCAAGAAUGAAGUGUUAACUUCUCCGUUUCCCUCACUGAGACAUGGAUGGACAUGGUUGUGUGAAAUAUAGAGUUGAAUGUGUGAUGUUUCAAAGCAUUUGUGUCUUGUGAAGGUUUGGGGUUUUACAAGGAAGGUUAGCAAGCUGCUUUUUUGGAAUCAUAGCACUUUCUGUAAAUUGAAUCCCUUUAUUUUCCUCCAUUACCUUUUGUUAAAAUCCCUUUACUACAAAUGUAUAGAUGAUAUAUUUAGCUCUUUUAGAGAACAAUAACAUGUAAAUACUAUAUAGUGUUUUAUUUUUACAGGUACAAUUUUGACAGUGUUUUACCUAUCAAAGUGUCAUUUUUGCUUUACUUGCACAAGUGUUCUGUGUGUCUCAUUGAGGGGUCUGUUCUUCCCAAGGCCUGCUUUGACUAUCCAAGCCAUGGUUCAGGUGAGAGCACGAGCGUAAUGAAGCUCGGAUGGAUGCUUCUACAAACCUGAUAUACUGUAUGUUCACUAAGUCCCAGGGUUCUUUCUUCUUCUAUCAUACUUUAACCUCAGAGUGACAUUAUGACUUGAUUUCUUAGUGGUUUCUGCCUGAUUGCUGUUAACUCAUUUUCCCAUCAGUUAACUGCAUCAUUAACUCAUACGACAGAAUGAGAGGGAAAACAAUCUCUACUCCACCAUUCCUGGGGAAAAUAACUAGUAAAAAGCAAAAGUCUCCCUUCAGUGAGAGGCACAGACCUUCAGCAACUCAUGUCAAUCUUCUUCAGAAGCUUCAGUGGUACCAGUGAACUUUAUUGAAUGUGUAAGAAACACUGCAAUACUGCGAUAUAUAUUUUGGUAUUGGAUCAAGCUGCUAACAUACUUCUAAAGCUCCUCAAGGUGCAACAGACCUCCUUUCUAGUUCUUAUAUGUAUCAUUUGUACAAACUAAAUAUCCAGUUGGCUUGUGUGCCUGGUCGUACUAUAUAGCUGCAUCCAUUGUAUUGUUCUGUGACUUUUGUAGUCUUCUUACAGCCUGGCCUGUAAUAUCACAUGCGUGUUGUGACACUGAGUCGUGAUGGGAGAUUGAUCUGAGUGAAGUGCCUGUGCAGAGAUGGUGAACGGCAUUCCAGCCAUGUUGGUUUUGUUAUUGCAUAUUUCAUGGAUGUGACAGUGAUGGACUCAUUCUCAAUAUGUUACUUCAAUUUUACAAACUACUGUAGUAUCUUUAUAAAUAUAGGCAAAGUUAUUCACAUGAACAUAUAUGUGUAUAUAUAUAUAUAUAUAAGUAAAUAUAUAUGUAUAUGUUUACAGGUUGUAAAAUAAAAGUGAACGCUGCAGCAUAUUUAUCUGUUGUUUUUUAAACAUCAACAUCAUCCAAAGAGGCAGAUUAUUUAUUGUCUGGCAGAAUAACCAUGAUUUGAUUUACACACCUUGCUGCUAUGAGAGAAAAGAACUGCAGUCGCCAACUCCAGUGUUUUUACCCAAUGAAAGUUCAAUAAACGUAAAAUAAAAUCCAACUGCAGGUGUGUUUGGUUAUUCCUCAAACUGUCAUGUAGCGUGCUUUUGUCCUCUUUUUGGAACAUUGGUGAUUCUUUCCUCGGGUCACAUACGUAAUCCCUCUGAGACCAGAUAUCCAGAACCUUUGUUGAGGGGAUGAGUCCUCAUGAUAAUGAUAACCACCAGCAUGAAUAAACAUGGCAGCAACAGGAAGUUACUCUGUAAAGUCCUCUCAGCAGCUAAAACGUGCCGUUUUUAUAAGAUUAGUAAUUCCACGUUCAGCUACAUGUAGGUGAUACAUUUUAAAGUCAGGAUAACACAAGAGGACAGUUCCGAACAAAAGCACUUUUUCACAUCUAUUGUUUCAUAAUGUAGAUAUUUCUAUAUGUGGGGAUUGAAAAACUGGCUCAUCAAGAGGAUACGAAAAUACUUCUUAGGACACACCGAGCCCCUCUCUCACUCUCACUCUCUCCUCCCACAAUCAUCCAUGCUUUAUUAAUGUACAUCACUAAUUAAGCUUCUUUACGUAGUUCUUUGUGCUUUCUCGCCUAGCAGGUCUCUGUGGAUCAUAGUUUCGUGCGGACCCCGGUUCUAACUCCUGGCUCAUGGCUCUGCUGACACCUGCUGCUGCCAUCAUCAUUACUUUAAAUAUGAUUCAUAUUACUGUCAUCAUAAACCAACAUCUUUCUGCUCUCCCUCCCCACAGAAGCCUCUGUGGAUGUUGGUUCGAUCUGAUGGUGGUUGUCCCUGCAGUGGUCCUGCUGUACACCUCUUCUGCUACUUGCAAUUACUUGUAUCAUUUCAGUUAGAGAAAUUGAAUGUAUUGUA